GCCAGAUUUUGCUUGCCAUAAAUCGCUUAAGGACUGAUUUAUAAAAAUGCAAAAGCAGGUACCCCCCCUCCACACACACACACACCACCGUGCGUGGGGAGGGGGCAGGGGGCGGUGCGCCUCUCCAGACCCAUCCCGCCCCCAAACCUCCUUCACAAUCGGUGAUCGGGCAGCAGACCGGCAGCAUCUCAUGCCCCCCGCCCAUCCGUCGGUGUGCGGCGCGCCGGAGAAGAUGCUGGAGAACGGCCGGAAGGUGUUCAAGGAGGGUCUGCUGGAGAAGCGCAGCGACGGGCUGCUGCAGCUCUGGAAGAAGAAGCUCUGCGUCCUGACGGACGACGGCGUCCUGCUGCUGCCGCCCAAGCAGCACGACCACCCGCAGCUGCAGCACGGCGGCGGCGGGGACGCGGCGCGAGUCAAGGAGCUGCACUUUGCCAACAUGAAGACGGUGGACUGCGUGGAGCGGAAGGGCAAAUACGUGUACUUCACGGUGGUCAUGACCGAGGGGAAGGAGAUCGACUUCAGGUGCCCGCAGGACGAGGGCUGGAACGCGGAGAUCACCCUGCAGAUGGUUCAGUACAAGAACCGCCAGGCGAUCCUGGCCGUCAAGUCCACCCGGCAGAAGCAGCAGCUGCUGGUGGUGCAGAUGCCCGGACACAAGAGCGUCCGCAGCGCGCCCAGCGUGGCGUGACCCGCCGCCAGCGGUGUAUGGGACACCCAGCAGAGGAAGACGAUGAAGCCUCUUCUGCCUUUGCUGCUGCUCCAUCACCAACCUCCAUCCUCCAGGAGACCCCCACUUCUACGGCGUUGCUUCAACACAGACGUAUUUCACAAAAGACUGAAGGACUGACAGCAUGUGAGAAAACGAGGGGCGGGGUUUUCCUCUUAUUUAUUACACGUGUAAAUAUGUUUUCUAUAGACUCUUCUGUCGGUGAUGAAUAUAGAGACGCUCCAACCAGCUCACUCAUCGUCAACUGAACCAAAGACUCAUUUCCUGUCAUUGACAUUGUGUAGUGUUUCCUCCACAUCCAUUCAUCUCCUGUUUGUGCUUCGCCCUGGAGGCUGCUGGAGCCUAUCCCAGCUGCUGCAGGGGAGCAAACCCUCCACAGGUCCAUCCCAUACUAUUCUCUAUGAGCUCAUUGGAUUUUGUCUGCUCUGUUAGUUGAUAGUGCAUUUUAGUGACUUUGCUUUAUCUGUAAAUUGGAUGGAUGCUUAAUUCCAUUUAGAGAGUCUUAAAAAAGGUUUGUUGUCCUGCUGUUUAUUUAGAGUCAGGCUGAUGUUUUCAGAGGCUGAGCUGCUGCAGAAAUCAUCAAUCCCAAACAGAAAUGGUCCUUUGAUUCCGUUUAUUAAACUCAUUUUUAUGUUUAACACAAAUAUUGGCAAACUACCUUCCUGGAAAUUAUUUUCGUUUUUUGUGAAGUAUAUUCUCUGAAUCAUGUUGAAAUGUUCAUGAUGUUUUAGGUUUUGUGUUUAUUUAUCAGGACUCAACGAUUUGUGAAAAAAGGUUAGCGUCUCAACGUGACCGAUGUUUUCAAGGCGGAUCUUUGAGGAGAAGUGGUGCUUUUAGACCACAGAAUCCUUCAUUUGGAACAGCCUGCUUUCACAGUGCACUUCUGAGAGUGGACCUGCCCAUUCCAGGACAGUUGUCCCAGUUAACUUAUCAAUGUUGUCUCUUUUCUCCAGACAUUUACCAACUUUUACUUGAUUUACUGUUUUUUAAGGUGAACAAAGGCUGCUUUUCAAGCGAAGUGGACUUUUUCACAAACGUAAUGUUUGGGCUAAACUGGUCUGAAAGCCCCUAAAGCUCCUCACCGAGUAAAUGUACUUCAGACAUGGUUCAGUAUUAAUGUUAGUGUUCUUCUAUGACUUAAUUGUGAUUCUAGGUAAAAUACAAAUAUCUUUAUCUGCA